AUGGCUAUCGCCAAGAGUGACUUCGAGGGGGCUCGUUCGGCCUACUACGAGAUGCCUCCAGGUUCGCAGAACGAGAGCGUCACAAGGUACCUUGCCUUCAAGCUGGCCAUUCGCACGGACGAUUACAACUUCGCCACCGAGAGCCUUCAGGUGAUACUGAGAGGUGCAGACCGGGAUGCCACAUUUCUGUAUGCAUGUGCGCUCGAGGCACAGCAAUCGCAGAUGCGUCAUAUCGCCAUUGCGGCAUUACAAGCGAUACUCGACAAGCAGCCUCCUGGCGUCCAUCUGCCAUCUCUAUUGCGGUGCAUUGCCAGACUACUGCUUGGUGAGCUUGACGCACCAUCACGCAACCAAGAAGAUGUGGCGCAGGAGAUUGUUCGGGUGUUCGAAACUGCAGCCCAGAACUUAGCGGCUCUGAAACAAGGGAGUGGAGAGCAAUGGCGCACUGAACUGCAGUGGUGGAGCAAGAAUGCGUACAACAUCUCACUCAAGCUCUGCGGACAAAUACAUCCCGAGCUUCUGGUGCGGCUUCUCCAGGCUUGCUGCAGGUUCGUUGAAGUACUUCCUCAGGACGGCGGCCGGAUGCACAACGACGACCUCUCCAGACGGGAAUUAAUCUGCCACUUCCUGGCAGCCGCUGCGCUCAUUGCACUUGGGCGGUCGAACGAAGAAGGCUCAGAGUAUGGUUUGCAGAGCUUCCUGCAAGCACGGCAAGAAAUAUCAGCGUUCAAGGCAACACACAACAAGCUUGCGAAUCACAGCGACGCGGACAAUGCCAGCAGAUCAUUCCAGCUCCAGAAGUUCGACCUGGAGUGCAUCCUCAACCUUCAGCAGUGGGAUGAUGUGGCUGCGGCCUUCCAGUCUUGCUUGGACUUUGAGCGAGUCGAUGACUGGGACGCCCUGGCCGACAUCGUACUCAUCAUCCACCAAAAGUCCGCCAACCUCAGCGAAGAGGCCAAUUCAAGGAUGAUGGAGCUUCUCGAUCGGAUCAUUAACGAAACAUGGCAAAAGGGGAAAGAGAUUGUGAAAGCGGCGAGGUGGCUCCGCUUGUCUUUCUCGCUUGAUCUGAACGACGGUGACGGGAGUCUUGCAUUGAAGCUGCUGGCCCAGGCGGCGCGGAUGGCAAAGCGGCAGCGAGACCGAAGAGGACACGCCUUCCCGGAGACCGAGCUGCAGUGGCUGGCUACGACGUCCUUCAACCGAGCCAUCGACUUGCUCUCGGCAGGUGCGAAUGAGGCGUGCAUGGAGUGGAUUGAGGGUGCGCUGGGACUGGCUAGAUGGGCAGGAGACACUGGAGCGUUGCAUAAGAAUCUGUCGGAUAGAAAGGAGCUGGUUGCUCGCAGGAUGAGGGAGGUGGUUGUGUGA